AUGUCUUGGGUGAUGGAAUGGCGAUGGAAUAACAUAUCCGUUAUUCUGAGCACGAUGAUGGCCACCUGUGAACAGGUUUGGCGACAUGCGCCCAGGCGGGGCCGAGUCACAACCCUGAGCCUGCUAACCGACAAGUGUCUGGAUAAGAUGGAUGACGGGCAUUCUUCAACCCCUGUUGACUUUGCUCCGAGUAUCGAAUGCUCUGAUCACCUUAUGCAAAAGAGUCUACAAGCAAAGUUGAGAUAUUUCUAA